CCGUGGAAGGAAUGAGUUGUAGCAGAUGUUGGCAGCAAAAGAUUUCUUUAAAGAAGAAGAAGGAGGAAAGAUGAGUCGCUCCACAAAGCCAGUAAAGUUUGCCAUUAAAAUUGACACCAGGGGAUGUCCGUAGAAGCCAUGUCCAUCUGGGAUUGGCUGGUCCGCCGGAAGUGGUUUUCCAACAGAUAAGUCCAUUGCUAAGGACCUUUUUUCCCUUCAGCACUCCCUCUCUCCCGCACACAGAGAGGCAGCAGGCACCCCCUCCAGCUCUUCCCCCAACUUUCCUGCCAAUCUUCCCCACGCCCUCAAUCUCUCACCUCGAUCUCUGAGUUCCCCCUUGCCUUGCUGUAAGGAAGGGGUUCCAUGGGGCGGGGAGAACCAUGAGCGGCCCCCAGUCCGGACUGCGCUUCCUGCCGCCUCCUUGCCACCACCCAGGCUGGAGAGGCCACCAUCCCCACCAUGAGUUCCGGGCGCCCAAGAUCCGCUCGUCGUGCCUGUUUGCGCCGAGGAGCAAAGACCUCGAGGAGUCUUCCUGCUUGGCUUUCGAGGCCGAGAAGUUCCCUUCGGCGGGAAGGGACCCAGCUUGCCCUUCCGACUCUCCCCGUUGCCUCCCCCUCCCGACCCCUUCACCUGCCCGGACAUGGACUUCCGCCCCUCCGGAUGGGACUCUGCGCCCAGGAAACCCUUCACCCGCUUCUCCCACGGGUUUCGGGGAGACUAGAAGAGAUAACGGGGUGUCCAUCUUGCUGAAACCGAACUAUGGGCCCCUGGAGAGAGACCGGGAGGAAGAGGAAGCCGAGGAGGAAGAGGACGCGGAAGAGAAACAGCCCCUCCAGAAGCAGUCCUCAUUACAUCUCACCCAGAGCCAUCACCUUGCGCCAGCCCCGGAAUUGAAGAUAGAUAAAAAUCUUGCCCAAGAAAACCGCUCGGUUCCAGAGGGACAGGGUGCCGGUGGGCGUCCUGUACAUGCUAGCUUAGAAGGUAACCCGGCAGCCAACUGGUUGCAUGCUCGCUCUUCCAGGAAGAAACGAUGCCCUUACACCAAGUACCAGACCUUGGAACUGGAGAAGGAGUUUCUGUUCAAUAUGUACCUCACCAGGGACCGUAGACACGAAGUGGCCAGGCUGCUCAACCUGAGCGAAAGACAAGUCAAAAUCUGGUUUCAGAACCGCAGGAUGAAGAUGAAGAAAAUGAACAAGGAACAAGGCAAAGAAUGAAGAUCUCCUUCCUGUUCUCCACUUCUCCCGCCCCGCUCCCUCCCUCUGUUCUCCCCCAGUUUUGGCCCUGUCUCGAAACUAAUGUUAUAUUUAUGGACAAGGCUUCCCCAGAGGUGCUGGAAAGACAGCAAAACCAAGCCAGACCCGAAGUAGAGCUUCCUGGUCGAUAUGCCAGGAAUAUAUAAUGAUUGCACCUGUUUGUUUGCAUUUCGGUCUUCCCCUUGAAGAGAUAAGGCUCAUUUGGGACACCUUAGGUUUGGGGGCUGUUUGAAAGAACUUAUAGCAAGCACGUUUGACAGCAGCAUCAGCUUUGGAUGGCCAUCACAUUAAGCCACUCCACCGCCAAACAAUUAAAUAUAUUUUUUAAAAACUGCCCCAUGCAAAAGACAACGUUUCCAUUGAAACUUCAUUCUCUGAGCCAACUGCUUGUAAAUAGACGCAAUGGAGGCUUCCAGGUGGGUUGUAACUCAAGCCUUUCCUCAGAUCACUUUCUUCUUCUCAUGGCGAGAAAGAGAGAGAUCAUCAGGUGGAUCUGUAGAAGAUCCUGAGGGAAGUGUCCUACCAAAUUCUGGUUAAGGACCAGCCGUCCCAUUGCACAUUUAAUUCAUUCCCAUUCCUGAAGGUCUGUUUUCUCCAGGUUCCUUCAACUGUGUUGAACGACAGCUCCCAUAUUCCCCAGCCAAACAGGCCUUGGGUGAUUGGAGUUGUGCUCCAACGCAAGGGUUCCUGGAAAUCGAUGUGAAACCGGUUUGGCGUGUCCUAGAUAUUCCCUUUUAAAACUCUGUUCAUACACAUGCACCCGUCAAUAGGGCAGAAUUUGUUAGGAUUGUGCAGGAGAUAAUAUUCCCCACCAGGCCUACUAUUUUUGACCCUUCCUAGUUGGUCUCAUCUUUGAAGGGACAGAAGAUGAGCCAGAGAAUGUGAGCUAAAGAUUUUUGGUGUGUAUAAUAACGGUUUGGUCCAACUGCUUAGGAAGUUUGUGGCUAUUUGUAAUUUAUUCUGAAGACUGAGAUUCAGAGAACCAUUCAAGUGCCAAGAGGAGCGGGUCUGGAGUGGGUUUUCCUUUCUUUCUUCAACCAAGUUAGUGCUGAGAGAGAAGUCUUAAUACUUGAAUGUUCUUGGAAACCUUGUUCUCCUGGAAGAAAACCCCCUCUUUCAUCUUCAUAUGAAAACAAAUUUUUGAGGGGCAUUAAAAAGCCACGAUGGCUUUUUUUUGGGAGGGAGGGCUUUUUGUUUUGAAUAUAAGGAAGUUACUUUUGCAUUGUUUACAAAAAUAAUUCCCAUUUCAUACUAAAAGGCGGGCGAGUUGCUCCUCUUUCAAACCUUGUCCCUUGAAAACCACCCUAGAUGGGAUUUUCAGAAAAGGAGGGAAGAGGAGAGAAGGAAUCUAGCGGUACCUUUAAGUCGUAUCCAGUUUGAAACCCCUUAUCGCAGUCUUAAAUGUAGUCAGCCUUAAAGGUGCCACUAGGGUCCUCCUUCCUCCCACCCCGACUUUCCUUUUUGCAUUGAAACAGACUGACACCGCUGUCUCUUUGAAAAGUUACAUGGGGUCCCACUGUCGAAAUGAAUCCCUCUUCCCCCUCCUCUCUUUGGUGGGACUUGGGGAGGGCCAAGUAGAGGUAGGUAAGUAACUUUAGUACAAGGCGGUUAUAUAUGCGUGUGAAGGUUGGAGAGGAUUUUUUUGCCGUUUUCUUUUUUUAUAUAAGGGGAAAAUGUGUUCGUGGCUGUGAUUUUGUGAAUGUUCCGCUUGUUUUCUGUGGCUUUUAGGAGUAUAAAAUGGAGUCUGUACAUAUUAGUUUCAGAACUGGAGAGGGAUUUCCAUAGGCAAAGAAAGGCACUCCCCACUCUUCUGCAUCUUUCCAUUCGGAUUUAGAAAUAAUGCCAAUGAGGUGGCAGAAAGGGUGAAUAAAAGGGGUGGGAAAUCUGACCAGGGCUUUUGGAGAGAGAGAGAGAGAGACAGAAUGGGGAGAGAAGACAUUAAUGUCUACCUUUCAGGAUCUUUCUAGACAAAAAGCAGUCCCAGCAGAGAAAUCUAAUUUCAUAGAGUGUUGUAUAGAAUUUUUGAUACCAUUUUGUGUCUGCUGACGAGCUGUUCUUUAGAAAUUUGAUAGGGAUAUUUUAAUCUUUCCAAGUAGCGUUGUCUGGUUCCUGAAAACUGGAAGAAAAGAAAUCUCUUUUAGGGAGGCUAGAGGAGUAUUUUUGAAAAAUCUGCAUUUUAAAAAGAAGGCAUUUGUGAGAUUUUAAAAAUCAUUUCCUCCCAAACCCUUGAAACGUUCAAUUCCUAAAUAGU